UGUAAUAUUCUCACACUUGAUAGAUGACCUUCCACGUUCGGCACUUUGCGAUCCUGGUCUGCGGCUCUUUCAUAGAAGAAAACAUGGUUUUCAACGUUGCACUCAUCCAACGACCCUGUAGCGUCGCACGUGGGUUGAGUGUCCACUGAUCUGAUGCAAGGACGGUUGUUAGUGAUGUAAAACAUCAGGUAGAGUCACCAUGCAUGUCGUGAAGUACAUCUGGGAAGGUGGCUUAUAGAAGAGUAAGGGAAGGAGACAGGCUUGCUUGAAAUUGUAUAUAAACCCUCCAUACUCUCCCCUUUCUCGUCUUCUCAACAUCAUCAUCACAAUCACCACCAGUCCUCUACAGUUUCUAUUACACCAAGGCAAAAUCCGCAAAGACACACAUCAUCACGCUCAAAACUUCUCAUCAGCCCAACAAGCAAACCCAACUUCCAGUCAAAAUGUACUCCAUCACCAAGAUCGUCAUCGCUCUCGGCGCCCUCGUCGCCCCCUCUCUCGCGUUCUCUGGCGAGAUGACCUGGUACACGCCCGGACUCGGUGCCUGCGGCCAGACAAACACUGAGAGCGACGCCGUCGUCGCUAUGUCGUCUCCGGACCAGGACGGACACUGCGGCAAGCAAGUCAAGAUCACCUACGGUGGCAAGACGACCACCGCCACGGUUGUGGACAAAUGCCCCGGCUGCGCUGCCACCAGCAUCGACGCCUCCCCCGCCGUCUUUGAGCAAGUCGCUUCCCUCGAUGCCGGCCGCAUCGACAUCACCUGGGAAUACAUUUAAAUCAGGGGUCAUAUCUGAAAACACUCGUUCAUACACUUAUCCAUUCAUGUAAAAAGUUUCACUCUCGUUAUUAACUCACUAGAUAUUAUCACACUGUACAUAGUCUUACCUUCUUCUUCUCUUCUCUUCUCUGGCUGUCUGGGUAGAUGGGCAUUGGUAUAAAGGAUGGGCUACCAGAAAAACCAAAAAGGGGUCUUUCCUAUCUACUGUAGUUGGCUGGGUUGGGGUUCAUUGCUACCGCGGUUAGAAUCUAGAUGUCGGAUGUAGUUGUUCAGACAACAUACAGGCGAAUAUAAGUCAGCAUUUCUAUCAUCAGGCUUUUCAUCCUGUACAUGAUCUAUUUCUGAAUGUGAAGCUCAACCUAAAUAAAGUCGUCUCCUCUAGACCGGCAAGGCGGCACCAGCUUUAGGUACAUUGAUUACACAGCCAGUUUAAGGGAGAGCUA